GCUUGUCUAAAUUGGGUUCUAUGUAGAUUAUGUUCUAUGAAGGCUUGUUAGACAGAGUCUAAGAAGGAAAUAUGAUAGUGCAUACCUUUGAAAGAUUUGAUGAUUGAAUGAUAUUUUGCUUGAUUGAUUCAUCUUCAUAUAGGAGGUGUUUAUUUUCCGAAAUUUUUUAUUUUAGAGUACUGAUAAACCACAGAAUAUAAUGGAAUUUAUACAUAUCUUUUCUCCUUUUUCCAAUAAAUUUUAAGUUGGUUGAUUUCCAAUUGGUUGAGUUUCACUGCAUUUCAUGACAUUUUUGUAUAAAUCCAUGUAUGAAUGUAUGAUGGUUUCUCUGUUUGUUUGAGUUUUUUUGUUAAAUUAUUAAGUGAAAUUUGUUUUUUUGUCAGCAGCGGCCAUAAAAAGGGAAAAAUUACCCCUCAAAACCCUAAUUCGGCGACUCAGCUGCAAUAGCCCAAGUAACAGUGAUUGAACUGCUUCCUUGCUUUGGUUGCUUGUGUCUUAUGGCGGAUUCAGGUGGAAAUGCAGAACCUGGAGAAGUUUGCAACUUCUUCCGGAAGCCAAUAAAGAAGCAAAACAUUAGAAAGAGAAGGGUUGAUGAAGAUGAGGAGGAUGACGGCUCAAAAUCUGGAGGCACAUCAUUACCAAGUCAAAGAAAAGCCUCAAAGCUUGAUGGCAAGCUGUAUUUUUCUAGUGGACCUGCUAAGAGCUCUACUCCUGGUAGUGGUGCAAUCUUUGAGUUCAAGUCUUCCAAAGAAAUCCAAGUUGAACAUGAUAGUAGAGCAACUGCGACUUUGGAGACUGAGACAGACUUCUCUAGAGAUGCUCGAGCAGUUCGUGAGAGAGUUCUUAAGCAGGCAGAGGAAGCUUUGAAGGGGAAGAGCAAAGGCACUGAGAACGACAAGUUGUAUAAAGGGAUCCAUGGAUAUACUGAUUACAAGGCUGGGUUCCGAAGAGAGCUAACAGUGGCCAGUGAGAAAGCGGGAGGUUCCCAUGGGCCUCUCAGGGCUUCUGCUCACAUCAGAGCUACCACAAGAUUUGAUUACCAGCCAGACAUCUGUAAGGAUUACAAAGAGACUGGCUACUGUGGUUAUGGAGAUUCCUGCAAGUUUAUGCAUGAUCGUGGAGACUACAAGUCUGGGUGGCAGAUGGAAAGGGAGUGGGACGAAGCAGAGAAAAUAAGGAAGAGAAAUUUAGCUUUGGGUGAGGAUGAUGUGGACCAGACUGACGAAGAUGACGAGGAUGAUGAGGAUGGCUCGUUGCCGUUUGCAUGUUUCAUCUGCCGCCAACCAUUUGUUGAUCCUGUUGUGACUAAAUGCAACCACUACUUCUGCGAGCACUGUGCACUAAAGCAUCAUUCAAAGAACAAGAAGUGCUUUGUGUGCGAGAAGCCUACCCUUGGCAUAUUCAACACAGCUCAUGAGAUACGCAAAAGGAUGGCCGCAGAGGGCAAAUAACAGCCACUAAAUUCACUUAUUGAACUCUUUGCUUUCAAGGCCUGUGAGCAGUAACAUUUCCACACUCCAUGGUCAAGUUUUGAAGAGAAAGUUCACUUGUGACUCUUUCAAGGCAUGUGAGCAGUAACAUUUCCACACUCCAUGGCAGAGCUAGAUGAAAUUCGUUUUACUUUGUUAAUGUAAAUCUGUUUUAAUCUUUCUUUCUUUGGUGGUAUAUCAACGUUGCCCGUAGCAGGGCCUCAAGUUUUGCGUCAUCUAUGUAGCUGUUCUAUUCAUCUUAUGCAGAUUAUUGAUUUAUUAAAUUUGAACUUCCGUUCAA